GUUGCCUCUAGCGUCAAAUUGUUCCUUCAGUUAGACUUAGCUGCUCACUCAGUCUGAGUGUGCAUUGCGCGUCGCGUGUUCAUAUCGCGUGGUUUUAAGUGAAUUUGAAAUUACUAAUCGAUCAUCAUGGCGUCUGUCGCAACAUUAGUUCAGCCAACAGGGGAGAUGUGGAAGAAAAUUCGUGUAGAAUUAAAUGAAGAUGUCAACACGAGAGAUCGAGAUCUCACCGCCAUUAAGGAUUGGCUUCGUAAGCAGCCACACUUGCCUGACGAGUGGGAUGAAGGUCGUAUGAUGACCUUUCUCCGAGGCUGCAGCUUCUCUUUGGAGAAAUGUAAGAGGAAACUCGACAUGUACUUCACGAUGAGAGCUGCUUGUCCAGAAUUCUUCACGAACCGAGACAUCAACAGACGAGAACUAGCUGAUAUAACAAGAAAAGCACAAGGAGCUCCACUACCAGGGUUGACUCCAGACGGGCGGCGAGUCACAGUAUGUCGCGGUCUUGACAAAAACAUCGAUCCCGAGCUAUUGAACAACAUAUUCAAGAUCGCACUAAUGAUUGGUGACGUCAGACUUAUAGAAGAGCUGGAGGGGGUGGGGGGUGAUAUUUAUAUCUUGGACGCUUCAGUGGUAACACCGAGUCAUUUAGCGAAAAUAUCACCAUCUUCCAUCAAGAAGUUCUUAAUUUGUGUACAGGAAGCGUAUCCUAUCAAGCUAAAACAGGUCCAUGUUUUGAAUACAUCGCCGGUUAUUGAAGCAUUAAUAAACUUCAUCAAGCCAUUCCUGAAGGAUAAAAUCAAGAACAGGAUUUUCGUCCACUCCGACAUAAGUACGCUACAUGAACACGUACCCAAGGACAUGCUUCCGGAACAAUAUGGUGGCAACGGAUGUUCCCUCGAUGAAGUAAACGAUGCGUGGAUGAAGAAACUUGAGGACUACACAGAAUGGUUCAAAAAACAAGAAUCAAUAAAAGCCAAUGAAGCCCUCAGACCCGGGAAACCAACCAAUUACGAUGAGCUAUUUGGCAUUGAUGGAUCAUUUAGGCAGCUAUCCAUUGAUUAAUUUAAAAUACUAAUUACUUCACCAACAAAUGUUUCGAGGGUGAAGGUUUAACUAUUUUUUCUUCUUCUUUCGCAUUGCAAAUUAGAAAAUUAAAAAGAAAACAGUGUUUAUCUAAACGCUUGUUAGACAAUGCAUAAGUAUGGUCGUAAAUAAAAAGACCUUAUUCAGGGGGAAUUGGCGCCCGUAACAUAGUGAUAUAUUUAUCAUUUUGUUACGAUAAUUUUGUAUGGACGGUUAAUUUUAAUUUACUUUAAAUUUUAUAUAUUUAUGUAUAAUUUUUUAUUUUGUAUUCGCUUUAUAUAAAAUAAAAUAAUAAGUAAAGUCAACUGUUAUAAAAUACUUCUGUAUUUUGAACUGAAGACAAGGAUGUAUGGUGUAAGUUCUUUACCCUUUAAAAGGAAGAAUAUGGGUAAAAAAAACAUCAUGACGUCUUGUUCGUUUAUUUUACUUUUUAUUAACAGGGAAGAAAAUUGAUAAAUGACAGAUACCCGAUAUACUAAUGUAUAUAAAAAUACUUACUUGUUUGUAAAUGCCCAUAAAAACGAGCUAAAUAAUAAGAUAUUGUUUUCGAUACAAUUACCAAAACCCUGUUAAAUAUUCUUUAUUAGUCGAUAUUAAAUCUUUUUUAAAUGGUUAAUGAUUAGUAGAUUUUUUUAAAUUUAUGGGAUUUUAUACAUAAUAUUUUAUAAUGUUUGUGAAUAAGUAAUGUCAGUUUCAUAAUAAACUUAUGUCGAGACUAUAAUGUAUGUAUUUUAUAUAACAUUCGUCUACAAUUUUCUGUAAGGCGUUCUAAUUGUAAACAGUUGCUGUCAACGUCAGAACGAAAUAGACGUAACACUAAGUUUAAUGUUAAUUGUGCCAAUCCUUAAUACUUUAUUAAGGAUUGGCACAAUGACAUCUAUUAUUAUGUAUUGAAUACCAAAUCAUAAUAUUAAAUAUAAUAAUAAAAUAUUU